GUGGCAAUUCUCCAUCGGCAGCAGUGGAAGUUCCGGCGACGGCAAGACAUCCGGAACAAUCGGACGGACACCUACUGUGAUGCACCCUGGAAUAACAGGAAUCACUUUCGGAUGUUUGUGAAUAGGCGUGAUAAUGAGUGACAUCCUCAUCGGAUGUUGUCGUCGUCGUCGUGGCGAUGGACCCGUGCUCGUUGCCUCCCACUUCCGCCUUCUCCUCGCUGCUGGAACGGUCGGGCGUUCGCCAUGGCACCAGAAUGUCUUGGGAUUCAAACUGCCCGUCGAACAACCAGCAGUUUGUGUCAAUGCAAUUGACGUCAUCAUCAAGGAUUUAACAAAAAUCGGAAAAAGAAGGGGCCAUUAGGAGACGAUUCCAUUUGGGCGUACACAUCGCAACAUUUAUGGGAGACAGCCACCCAACAACAAAAGAAAAGAAGAAGAAAGCACGUCUGAAAAACAGCCGUUUUCCUUCCCCCCCCCCCCCCCCCCCCCAGAGACUACGCUGUGCGUCGUGAUGGAUCCGGCAGUCAAUAAAAAAGCCCAAACGGUGAUGAGGAUGCGUCCGCCCACUCGCAGGAUCCGCGCCAAUUCCCGCAACGCCCGCACUCGCCUGUCUCUCGUCGCCAGGGCUGGGUGGGGGUGGUGUGGGUUAUAACUUACUGAAUGACGGCGAUAGACAAUGCGGCGUCGAAGCUCUCGUCGCGAUAUGGCAGGUUGAGAGCGUCACAAAUCAGCACCUGUUUAGGAGAGAUAACGACAAAAGCCGCCGCAGUGAGAAAUUCCGACCACAUGUGUGUUGUUGCUGCAUCAGCCAAUUGUGACAGGGAUGGCGUGACCCUGGAUUAUUAUCAUGUUCUUCACUCCAAACAGAAUUGAAGAAGAAGAAGAAGAUAUUUGACGGAGAAGAAGCAACGCGGGAGCGGGGGGAGUCAUCUCUCCUCCUCCUGGUCCGUCAGACCGUGCAGCGUGUUCCAUGGCCAGUCCCGAGGGCAGCAAAAAGGGAUCAUCGUCGGGAGGUCAACAACAACAACAUCGUCGCCGAAGCAACAGCCACAACAACGAGAACAGCCCGCAGAGCAGCUCGGCUGCGAGCUCGUCGUCGUCGAGUCAUCACCAGCAGCUGAGUCUGCGGGCGCCGGUGAUCCGGCAUCGCGAUCCCAAGGCUCCCGUCGUCAUCAGCGGUUGGCUCUUUAAACAAGGCAGCGAUGGCCUCAUGUUAUGGAAGAAGCGAUGGUUCGCCCUCUCCCAGUACUGCCUCUUCUACUACGACGGUCCUGAAGAGGAGAAAGUCUUGGGUUCGUUGCUACUUCCCGGCUACACGAUCCGGCCGUGUUUGGCGGGAGAUCGGGACCGAUUGGUUUACCGCAAAUACGCCUUCAAAGCCGAGCACCGCAACACUCGCAGCUUCUAUUUGGCCGCCGAUUCUCGACCGUCUAUGAUCCAGUGGAUGAACGCUCUCAGCUUGGCCGCCAUCCUACAAGAUUCCAAGAGCCUGUCCAUCACAUCCGAGUUGAACAAGAGUCAAUUGGACGUGUCCAGUGGAUCCGCCGCUCUCAACGGAAGUCGUCGUUCCUCCAAGGCCGUCGUCGCAGAGAACAAAGCGCAAGGGGUUGAUGCGUCGUUCGACUCGACGGCACCCGAUCAGCCGACAGGUCAAAGGCAGCCGUUGUACGCCAACGCUCCACCGAAACCGAGACGGGCGUUGAACACGAGCCGAGAUUCGUAUUGUUCGAGUUCGCCGGAUCGGUCACCGGAACGACCAGUUGUGGUGGCAUCAUCGACACCUUCGACGGCGGCGGCGGCAGGUAAAACAACAAUCCAAUCUGCCGAAGGAGGAGGAGGAGCGUCGCCGUUUGAAUUGCAAGGCAACAACCGUACGUCGGCGCCAUCUAGUGCAAUGUACGGACAACACCAGCAAGUGGCCGUUCGCCAGAUGCAGCGCGGCCAGUUUCAGAACGGCGGUCGAGGAUGGCCUCAUCAACAACAACAGCAGAUGCCAAGGCCCGUCUCGGCAGAAGUGACGACGCUGUUGCAGCAGCAACAACAACAAUCUCAACAACAGACGAUGAUGAGGCAUCGCAACAGUCCCCACCAGCUGCCGGCCGAACGACGGACGCCGGACGCCUACGGCCGAUUCAAAACCGAGUACGAAGAUGUUUACAACAAUAGCAGCACGGCCAGUUCGACCAAUUCGCCUCAAAUGCUUCCGGCGGGAUCGUCACCCGCCGCCGCUUCCUCCUCCAAGGCGUUUGUAGUGGCCCACAGGAGCGAAGUGGCCCGUCGGGUGCCUCCCAGGCCUCACAGUGUAGACUUUCUUCAGUAUCCGACCAUACCGGGCACUCCGCCACUACAACAACAACCCAGUGACUAUUGGUCUUCCGAACAAAAAUAUGCCCAGCAGGUCAGACAGUCGGUCAUGCGCAACUACCCGCGCGAACAGCAACCGGCCGACAAUGUUCAGCUGGCGCCAAAGGAAUCGGAACAACCAUCAACACCUCAACAGCAGCAACAGCUACAACAACAACAACAUCAACGUCGAGUAGUGCGUGAUCCGGCAGAAAUAUCUCGAGACGUGAAAGAGAGCGCCCUCUGGUCCUAUGUCCAGGCAGCUGGACAGCCGCAUCUAUCCGGUGCUCAUCACCGCCCACCGGGCAAGACGAUCCUAUCAGCUUCUCAGGAGAAUCUGAUGGCCGAAGAAUCUUUAGCUCUUUAUCGUACAGGCCACGAGGGUCAUCAGCAGCAGCAACCACAACAGCAACAACCGCAACUCUUUCACCGCUCCGCCAGCGCCCGGCUGCCCAAAAUGGCCAAACAACAGCCGGAUUUGCUCAAUUCAUCGCUGGCCGAUCAUCCGCUCGAAAUGGAUAACAAACGAAUCGAGCAGAGAGAAGAAUCGAUGAAACGGUUGCUGGAAUGGAAGCAGAGGAUGUUGCAGUCGCCGUUAACAAGGAAAAGCGGCAACAGUGUCGUGAGUGGGGGAAGUGGCGCCCGCAGCAGCGAACGGAGUACGCCGACCCUCGCCGAUAGAGACGAUCCGUCUCCGCGGAUGCGGAUCGACUCUCCCCUUCUCCAUCCGCAGCAGCAGCAGCAGCAGCAGCAACUGCAUCAGCAGCCAAGCCCCAUCCAGUUGGCGGAUUACGGAGGAAAUGGAAACGUCGCCAUGGGCAAUUUCGCCACGAUGAGGCGGACGGUGGCGCGGGCGGCGCAAGAUCUUCUCGUUCAGGAGCAACUCUACCAGCAGCAACAACAGCAGCAGCAGCAACAACAACAACAACAGCCACCGCUUCCACUGAAUGUGGCCUUCCGGGCCUCGUUGAAACGUCCGGCCGCCAACAACGAGAAAAUCAAAAUUCAACUGGACGAAGAGGCCGACGUCCGCAAGGAGUUCACCUACGAGUACGUUUUGACGGAGCAGUCGCGAGAGGGAGACGGAGCUGCGUGCCAAGAGCCGGAAGACCCGGUGCCGAAAGUGUCGUGGCCCAGGCCGUCGCUCAUGAGGGAGAAAUCGAGCGCCGUAGCCGAUUUGAGGGCCCGCAGUGAGAGUCCGUCGGCCAAUCGAGUUCUCUUCUUGAAAGAUGUCCAGCAAGCCCAACAGAUGUCGCCGCUGAAAGCCCGGCCCAAACCGCCGCCCAAGCCCAGCCUUCACGAUCUCCAGCAGGCGUUCCAGAUCAAGCGGAACGGAAUCAUGACCCAUCACCACAUGAUGAUGUUGGAAGAGGAUCAGCUGUCGAUGGAUCAGCAGCAACGCUUGAGCUACGCCGAGUCGUUGCCGGAAUCGCUGGCCGGUUUCGCCGCCACCAUCGUCUCCGAGGACGGGAUGAGUCCGUGCCCGUUCGAGCCGACCGUUUCGCCGCUCAUUUCCGAAUGCGAUUGGCCCCACAACACGACCGGAAAUGGAUCGUCUCCGGCCCCGCUUCCAGAUUUGAUGUCACUCGCCUCGGUCACUUCCGGCCACCUGAGAAGUCGCAGCCGCAGCUGUGGCGGCGGAAGCAUCCACGCCGCGUCGGAGAACCUCUACAUGAACACGCAAAUGACCGCGGAAUUGGAAGCUGAUCAAUCCGGAUCGGGUUCCGUCAUGGAAGAUCAUUACCUGCCCAUGACGUCGACCAAACUCGUCUCGGCUCGCUCUCCUCCGCCGCUUCCGGCAGCCAAUCACUACCACUUCGAGGAAAACGCCUACGUUGAGAUGACGGACAACGGGAAGAUCAAGACUUCGCCACCUGGUGGCGGAAUCAACGGCCGGGCUGGCAGCAGUAAACCUUCGUCCGUUUUCGCCGGAGUUUUCGAUCCCUCCUAUCGGUCGCCGGAAAGUCCGCGCUACAGCGAAAUCACCGACUGUCCUUCCGGUGGAAGAGAACAACAGGAAGAAGAUCAGCCGCAUUACGAGUUCAUCUACAAAGCGUCCAGCCAGGCAGAGCCGGUCUACAUGGAAGUUCCGCAGGGCGAAGAAGAAGAGGAGGAAGAUGCGGAUGAAAAUGCGGACGAAGGCAGGAGAGCAGAUGGCGGUGAUGGCGAAAGAGAAGACGAACUGGAAUCGCAGGACGGAAUCCAGGAACGUCAUACCAGCAGUGCCAUGGACACAACGGCCCUGGAGGAGAUGGAUGACGGUGGAAGACCUUUGGAGCUAAUCAUCACUCCUCCCCGCCAUCCGCGCUUCAGCAUCUCUGACACAUUCCGCCCGGCUUCCUAUUUCUUGCGAUUGGAGACGAUUCCGGCGACGGAAGAAAACGGACUGGAUGAUCAAGCUUACGGACAAUCGGAUGAUCAAUCCGACAGUGAACUGGUUUCUCCUCCGCCCAUUCCCACCAGUCCGCCGCCGACGACCAGCGAGUUUCCAAGUUUCCAGCAGCUGCAUCACAACAAUCAACUCCAUCGGCCGCCGAUCCAUCACAGCCGAAGUCAGAGUCUAGACACGUCUCAAGACUACUUCCAAGGUCGAACGUCUCGAAAUAGUAUCACAUCCGAAUUGUGCCACAGCCAUGGCCGUCCGCCUUCCGACUUAUCUCAGAGGCGGAGACCUUUGACAAUUGUCCGAAGUUUGGAGGAUUUGUUGGUGGACUCGAGCGACGACCACUUGGCCGCUCUGACAUCGGCACACAACACGUCGCGAAUCUCGGUCGCAUUCCAGGGCAGCACCCAAAGUUUGGCCUCCAAUGGCAUCCGCAAUGCGGAAUCUUGGAACCAGCCGCUCUAUGAAAAUGUCUCGCAGAAUGUUGGGGGCCACGUCAGGCAGGCGUCUAGGAUCAGCAUCGCAUCGAAUGCGAGUCGGCGGAUGAGUUCGUCUCCGGCCGGAUCGAUGCAUUCUGAACAUCAGCAACAACAGCAACAGCAGCCGCAACCGCAGCAACAGCCGCAACCGCAACAACGCCCUCGUUUGGGUUCAGCCUUGUCACUCAAUUCCAACUCGUCAUCCAUCUGCCGGAGUGAGCAGAGCGCGGGAGCGCCUUAUUACUAUUCCGAUUUGCUGAGCAAAACGCCGACAACUCCGCCCGACGCCAGUCUGGAGGACGGCAACAGCAGCCUCCGCUCGUCCAGUUCCAGGAGCGCUCAAGCCCAAGCGGCCAAACAGGCCUACCAGCACAGCAUGGAUCGACUGCGCACUGUUCAACGCCGAUCCUCUCCGCAGGAAUCCAGCGGAAGAUUGGGAAGCACUUCGAAUUUAGAUUGCCACCAGACGCCAACCAGUUCCGGCCAAUCGCGCUCGGAGCCCAGGCAGUUAUUGGAAACGAUCCGGAAGCAGCAGCAGCAACAACAGCAGCAGCAGCAGCAACAACAACAACAACAUCAACAACAACUGUAUCAACGCGCUCAAACGCCGGAUUUGCUGGCCAACCACCCGGAACAAGAGUCGUUUUAUUACGCCAAUGGGAGAGGGCUGUCGGCCGCCACGCGUCCGUCGAUUGCUGGCGAUGUGAUGCGACGGGUUCGCUCCCUGGAAGGUCUCCUGGAUGAAGAUCCGAAUCGAUCGAUUCAGCGCUCGGAUUGGAUUGAUCCGCAACCCAAUCGAUCAUCGGUGGCUUCCCACGCCAGCUACGGGACCAAUGGGUCCGUAGUCGGCGGUGGUCAGGGGCAGAGCUCGGCCGCAGCUGAGACGCCUCGUUACGCCCGAGAUCCGACAACUCGCGGCCAGGCCACCAAAACCCUUCCGUCGCACGUCCGCUCUCCGCAAGGAAGUGUGGGCGUCGACUUUGUCGGUGGCGAGUUCUCACCGUGGGACGAGGAUCAAUUGUGGCGCGACAAAUUGAGGCGUGCCAGUAUCCGGCACACGCGCUCCAUGGACAUGCUGGACGAGAUCCAUCACGAUGGCCACCCGGAUAGUAGGCACCAGUCCAAUGGGAAAUCCAUCCUUCCGGCCGAAGAGGAUUGCUACGAGCGGCUGCUCCAGUACUCGGCCACUCUGGAGCGGACCAAGCGCGGCCAGACUUACCUGGACGGCUACACUUGGGACGAAAUGGAACAGCGUUUCCGCGAGCCGGGCGGCCAGACGAAGCAGCGCGGCAAGGAAACGUCUUCGGCUCUGCCUCCGCUGCCGCCGGCUCCGCCUCCGGCGUCGAAUCACUCGACAUCGACCGGCCACCUGGUCAUCAACAACAACAACAACAGCCCGUCGCAUCCUUUUUUAGAGGACGGCCUCCCCCCUCCUGCUUUCGAAAUUGACCGCGAGAAACUGCGUCAAUGGGAUCUCAUGUCCACGGCACCUGUUCCGUCGUCGUCGUCAUCGACGGCCGCUCUGCCCGACAAUCAAGCCAUCAACAAGGAGGGAGGGAGGCGUCCGGCUGCUGAUAGCAGUAGCAACAACACCAUCACCGCCACCAAGGCUGGCCAUCCGCCGCCAUCAUCACCGCCGCCACAACAACCACCACCGCCGCCGCCAACAUCCAGCGAAUCCAUUAACAGAAAACCCACAACAACAACAACGACAACAACAUCACCACCACCAUCACAACCACCACCCCCUGUCCCGUCCACUCCAAUCCAGGCCAUCCGUCCGUCCCCAUUCCACCAGCUAGUGCCGCCCGACCUUGUCCGCACUCCCGGUGGAUCGAGCCCGGUUGAUGCUGUAGCGGCAGGACUCAAUCACGCAGCGACUGGAGCAGCCGGCAAGGCCAUCAACGGUAUCAAAGUUGCCUACAACCAGAGUGGUUUGACGGGCAAAGUUUCCUCCACUCUGGUGACGACUCAACAGCCUCCGUCCACCACCAAUCACAUGAUGACGGGCGAGAUUUAUCACUCGGACACGGAUACACCGCCCAAGAAAGGUAAAUUGCCUCCGAUGAUCGGUCACGACCAGCCGUCCUCUCAUAACGGCAACCGACAACCAGGCGAUAAUAAAGUGCAGCUGUCGGCGGGCGACCUCCUGGGCCGGACACAUGAGGAACUGGUUCUCCUCUUGAUCCAACUGAGGCGGCAGAGUUCCGCUUUGGUCAAAGCACGUGACGCCUGCCUCCUCGAAAUGGAAAGCCAGGUCAAACUGGCUGCGCUGGAUAUUUCUCAUCGACAAGAAUGCCUGAUAAAAACCGGAGAGCUGAAGCACCACGUCAAAGAGCUGGAGAAGCAACUGGAAAAACUCAAGCCAAUGAUCAGCCUGGUGGACAACAUGGUCAAACUGGGUUCGUCAAUGUCACCGCAAAGACACAAAAGACUGCCCAAACCAGAAACCAGCACAGCUGUCAAGCGCAAUUUGACACCUAUGCUUCACCAACAGCAGCAGCAGCAGCAACAACAACUGCAACAUCAACAACAGCAGCAGAUACAACAACCGAAAUUUCAUUCCUCUCCCUAUGAGCCCCCUGCGUACAGCAACGUCCAGCAGAGGAACAGCACAAUGGUGUUCCACUCUACUCCACAUCGUCCAACUGAGAACGACGCCAAUGAGGCGUACGGAUCUGCCGUCCAGGGCUGGGAGGAGGCUCAGAUUUCUCAGCUCGAGUCCAAGCAUCACCAGCUGGCUCAGUUGGAGAAAUUCGUUCGUGAGGAAGGCGCGGCCAUCCAUCGGCUGACGCGCAAUCAGCAAGUCCUGAGACUAGCCAUCCGCGGGAUCCGACAGCAGACCAACACGGCCCUGCAAGUCGCCGACUAUGGCGAGGUGGAGCGGUGCCGCCAGCAGCAGCUCUUUCUCGAGCGUGAGCUAAGCCAAAUUCACUCUCUGCUGGCCCUCAGUUCGAAACGGCUGGAAGACGCCGCGGUGGAGAUCAGUCGGAUAGAGCGAGAAAUCUCUUCACUUCAUCAGCAGUUGCAUCGCCUCGGAGCCAAUAACCGCCAACAUCACCAAUCCGGUGGAGGUCAUUCGUUGAGCAGGUCCAACAACGGAAGGGAAAUGGCUUGGCUAGAGGCGGAAUUGAACCGCGUCCAGCAACACGUCUCGCAGUUGCAGACGAGGCGACAGGAACUCAGCAGCCAAGUCAACUGCCUGACGUCUGCCGAUUAUUUCCUAGAUCUUGACGAAUCCUUUUCCAGCACCGGAUCGACCAAACGCAAACCUCCUAGCACCUGGUGCGAGACGGACUUGGACUCGCUGAACACGACCGAUCGCUUAACACGAAUGGAAGAUCCGUCUGCGAUGAAUUUCGGUGGAUCGCAGCAUCAUCAGCCGCAUCAACAGGAGCAACAACAACAACAUUAUCAGUACGGCCAGUACGAAGAUAACACGUUGCCCGUCGACAUCAAUGAAGCUGACGAAAGGAUGAAGAGAUACUACGGUAUCGUCCCCAAGCAACCAGCUCCGCCUAUCAGCGCCGCUUCCGCCGCCGACAAGGCAGAAAUCCGCACGGUUCGCAUCGUCAAGCGGGAGUCGGAAAAGCGUCAACGCGACAAGUCCAAAUCUCGAUACGACGACAAUUCUUUCGGAAUGGACGAACUCACCGAAGAGGAUCAAGCCCACGGCAACUCGAAUGGUUUAUACAGCGAGGAUCCCAUCAUGGACGAUCCGGUUUUGUCCCAGUUUAGCCACGUUUUGACGCUGCCCAGGCGGGGUAGCAAACGGGACGAGCAAGGCAAGCGCUCCCUGUCGCAGCGCAAUUCCAUCGCAUUGAAUGAAACUCCAACGGACGGGCGGCCUCUUUCUCUCGGCCCGGAUCAAUGGAGAGGAUCACUCCGCCCUCGCCGCAAUAUGUCUUCGUUGUCACUUGGAGAUCGAAAUUCGUCCGUCAGUUUGGACAUGGACACGGGAGAGUCGUCGGAAGGAGGACUGGGAAGCCUGGAUUCGACUCAGCGCUCGCCCGUCCUCACGCCCGUCUAUACUAGCGAUGCCGCACGUGAAAUCAUCGAAGAAAUGCGCCGACAGGACAUGAUUUCGGCCCGCCGGGCCGUGCCCCGGCAUAAAAGACGCCACAUAACCAUAUCCUGUAGUCAACCCCUUGUCCUAGAAGCCCUGACCUCUGAUACGCGCAUGACGCAGGGCCGGGCUAGAGAUGACGUUGAUUUGCAGCGAGCAUUGCGCUUCCACCAUCCAUUUGCGCCGGAUGUGGUCCGAUCCACCAUCACUCAGGCCAUCCGCAUCAACGAGAAGACGAUCGAUAACAUACUUUGUGCUCCAGACAAGAUCGUCAUUCCCGAACGCUACGUACCCGAGCAGGAAGUGGAGGAACUGGGAGAGGAGGAGAAGCAGAAACGGCUCAAGAAAACCGAGUCCAUUCGGCGUAUGCUGACGGGCUAUUCCACCGGUGUUGAUCUACCGCGACCUCCAUCCAUCGCCGCCACCAAUGACAUCGUAGAAUUGUCGGAAGCCAAGCAGAUGUUGGCCAAGGAACGCCAGCAACGCGAUCAUUUCAUCGGCCUCAACCAGAUGUUGGUGGAGGAAAUUAAAGAGAAGAGCAAGAUGGCCGCAGCUCCGAGCCUGAGCAUGGAAAGCCAGUAUGCGGCUUGACGCAAAUAAAAUGCAAGUCAAUAAAUUGCGCGACUCCUCCUACUCCUUCCCGUACCCUCCCACUACUGUAGCGUUCAGCACUCUUCCUCAUCGGUUAGUUCCCAUCUUGUUUUAGCCGUUCUGCGCGCUCGACUGUUUUUGGCAGCUUUAUUUUUUCAUUCAUUCCACCAACUUACUUGUUUGCGAGUUGUUGUCGCGAAGAAGUCGCAACACUCGGCCCUUAUCGCGGACGACGAUGUUGAUGAUGUUAUUGUUUGGCAUCGCAUGUACACAGUUCACGCUUUGGCCAACAUGAAGUCGAGACGGGAAAACAGCAGCGAAGAGGACGACUGGUCACCGCCCGCCGAUCCAUUGCCCAUCUAUCAACAGCGCUACAACUACCUCACGUGAGCUGACACACACACGGCUGGUAGGGCGGCGACAGUGUGACGACGUUGGGCGAAAACCAGAGGACAUGUGUUUUUGGCUACAUUCGCCCUCUAUUCACAAAGAAAAAAGAUGACUAUUUUUCUCUUUCUCUCUCUCUCUCCUCAUCACAUUACUCCAUCACUCAACCCGCCCUCGACUGCGGGUAAAUGAACCCGUUCUCGAAAUAGAUUGGCCAAAAUGUUCAUCGUCGGAAUUAUUGAUAGCAAUCCUAAGUAAUAAAGAAACGUAGUGGCCUUGUUGCAAAUGAUUCAAGGGUAUCGGCGUCAUGCAUAUAUUGUUGAUUGUUAUAAAUAAUCACAUUUUAACUUUUAGACAGUUUGGUGAAUCGCGUCUGUUUUUGUGUGUUUUUUCUUUUGUUUUAUUUUUUGUCUGUUUUUUUUUUGUUUUUUGUUUACAAGGGGGGAACGGGGUGAGUUGAUUGAUUUGGGGACACGCCUUUUCUUCUUCUCUAUUUGGAACAGACUGGCGCAGUGCCCAGUAUUAAUGGCUCGUUUCACGUAAAAUCGUUGUUCAAACUGAUCGGCUUAACGGCCUGUUUUUUUUCAUGAUUUUUGUUUUGAUUAUUUCCUUUUACAUAAUUGAUGCGACGUAGUAUUAAGGCCAUCAUAUAUCCAUCGUCGCAGCAGCUUUAUUUAUCUUCGACGGACUUUGUUAUUUUGACUGAUGCCCGAGUUACUGACUGAGAACCAUCAUUACAUCCUGCCUGUUUAUGAAUAAACAGAAGUGAUAAAAAAAAAA